AUGGACGCAGAAAGGCAGAACCCACAGCUACCCCAGGAUCUCGUAGAGGAGAUACUCGUGAGGCUUCCCGUAAAGUCGCUCUUCCGAUUCCACUCCGUUUCGAAACCGUGGAGAUCGACGAUCCAGUCACGCUGUUUCGGUGAGAGACUCUGUUUGAAGCGAUCCCAGAAAAAGCUACCGACCCACCUGUUCGUUAAAGGGGCGUGGUUCCAAAGCGUCCUAUCUUUGUGCCAGCUUCAACUAUUUAUCGACGAGGAAAAAAGACGACAACCGAGCCCGAACGAUUACCAAUUACUGUGGAUGUCUACUAAUCCUGUAGUCUCUACUACUCUUGAACAAGAAGUCUUCGAUUUUAGUGCUGAGUCUUGGAGGUAUUACAACAUUGACAAGACCAAGCUAUAUCAGAGCAGCCCGGGUGGCCGGGGACUCGAACUCGUGAUGGCGGGCACCUCAGCUGAGGCUCCAUUACCACCAGACCACGAGGACCCGGUUGAGUCACACGAAUUGUACAAGUAUUUGGAUAAACUCUCCGGGACAGAGACGAGAGCUUAUUUCACUAUGUCUCUCUCGCAAACGAAUUUCCUCACUUGUUCAUUUCUAUCAUCGAGCAAUGACCUGCGAAUUCCUUACUCUAGAGCGAUUCUCUCUUAUCCUCGUCACCACCAAACACACCGGAUUCUCUGCGCUGCGAAGCGAACCGGGAAACGGAGAUACCCUUCCGAGAGGAAGAAGCUGAGAACGGAGCAGAAGGAAGCUGUAGCAAAGGUUAAGAACAAGCUCGAAGGAGUCUGGCGUCUCUCCAAGCUCGGAGUUCCCGUCGGUGAUGACCCUGGUAAAGACUCUCUCGGAAUUUCGCCAGGUUUGCUUCAAGCCAUCGCUAAAGUCAUCGAGUUUCCGGUUGCUUCAAUGCUGCCGGAAGAAGCAUUCUCAGUGAUUAGGAAAUCAUUUGACGCGAGGAAGAUUCUGAAAGAAGCCAAGUUUGUGUAUACUGUGGACUUAGAUGUGAAGACGCUUCUUGAGUUGGAGCCUCGUGCUCAUGACUUCAUUUUCCGGUUAGAGCCUAAGAUUGGCCUUGUGGAGCAUUUGUCUCCGGAUAAGACCGUUUCCGGUGACUUGAUCAGUGUGGUAAACGACUGUAAAAGAAGUAAAGAAGAUGAGCCUCAGAUUAUCAAUGGCUCUGGAGGAGAUCCACACAAGCACGGAGGAGGAGGAAGAAGCAAACCGAAAAUCGCAGUUGUUGGUGGUGGUCCGUCUGGUUUGUUUGCAGCUCUUGUUCUUGCAGAGUUUGGUGCUGAUGUGACAUUGAUUGAAAGAGGGGAAGCAGUUGAAGAAAGAGGACGUGAUAUAGGCGCUUUGGUUGUUCGUAAGAUUCUGGAUAUGGAGAGUAAUUUCUGCUUUGGCGAGGGUGGUGCAGGUACUUGGAGUGAUGGAAAGCUCGUUACUCGAAUAGGAAAGAACAGUGCCACUGUUUUAGCGGUGUUGAAGACGUUGGUUCGCUUUGGAGCUCCGGAUAAUAUAUUGGUGAAUGGAAAGCCUCAUCUAGGAACUGAUAAGCUAGUUCCAUUACUUCGUAAUUUCAGGCAUUAUCUUCAAAGCGCAGGAGUGACUAUCAAGUUUGGAACUCGGGUGGACGAUCUAUUGGUACAGGACUCUCGUGUGGUUGGAGUCAAAGUAUCGGAUUCAACAGAUAAAUUGCAGAGUAGCUCUCAGGAUUUAAAGUUUGAUGCAGUUGUUCUUGCGGUUGGUCACUCAGCACGUGACACAUAUGAGAUGCUUCUUUCUCGUAAUGUGGAGCUGACUCCUAAAGACUUUGCUGUUGGUUUGCGCGUUGAGCAUCCUCAGGAGCUAAUUAACAGUAUACAGUACUCGGAUUUAGCUGGUGAAGUUCUUAAAGGACGAGGUAAAGUACCAGUGGCGGAUUAUAAGGUUGUUCAAUACGUGAAUGAGAAGGAAGAUGAUCUCUCUCAGUCUCCAUCAAAACGUAGUUGCUACUCCUUCUGCAUGUGUCCUGGUGGUCAGGUUGUUCUCACCAGCACAAACCCAAACGAACUCUGCAUCAAUGGCAUGUCAUUUUCUCGCCGUUCAUCCAAGUGGGCUAAUGCUGCACUUGUCGUCACAGUCUCAGCAAAAGACUUUGAUCUUCUCAAUCUUAGGGGACCUUUAGCUGGCAUUGAGUUUCAGAGAGAGUUUGAAAGAAGAGCGGCUAUAAUGGGUGGCGGCAAUUUUACAGUUCCUGUACAAAGAGUUACUGAUUUUCUUCAAAACAAGUUAUCUGUUACGCCAUUACCUACAUCAAGCUAUAGAUUAGGAGUAAAGUCAGCAAAUCUGCAUGAACUGUUUCCUGCUCAUAUCACAGAGUCUCUGCGACAGUCUAUCUCUAUGUUUGAAAAAGAGUUACCGGGAUUCAUCUCUGAGGAAGCACUCCUCCACGGCGUAGAGACAAGGACAAGCUCUCCCGUUCGGAUACCUCGAAGCAAUGAGACGUACGAGAGCACGAGCUUGAAAGGUCUGUACCCAGUUGGGGAAGGAGCUGGUUAUGCUGGUGGGAUUGUGAGUGCUGCAGUGGAUGGUAUGUUUUCGGGUUUUGCUGUUGCGAAAAGCUUUGAUCUCUUUGAUGGAACUGUAGAGUCAGUUAUUGGAAAGGCUCAAGGUGCUGGACUUGUAAAGUACUGA